UCAAAACAUCAAAAAUAUUAAUAUGUACAGAAUUUCGGUUCGAUGACCGAGAGUUAUCUUUUAUUAAACAAAAAUAGUUUCAAUAAAGCAAAAAUCGUUAAAGUUACACUCAAAAAAGAUAUCCAAUGCAAAUACUUUAGUCACUAUGAAGGAUAUGACAGUGUUCAUAACUGACUUUUUAAGUGGAACCAUGGGUUGAAUUAUUAAAAACAAUAACGGGACGAAUGGACCACCGUUGUAUUGUAAAAAGACAGCACUAUGAUGCUGCUGCGCAUCAACAUGCGCACAGCGUUGGCCGCGCUGUGUAUAGCAGUCCUCCUUAUUAUAGUCUUCUGGACCCGCUGUGGAGAGCUCUCGCAUAGACCAAUAGGCUCGAUUUUGUCAAAUGGUUUGCCGGAGCGAGGAGCUGUUGCUGGCAGUGAUGGACAGGAGAUCGAGUGUGUUAUCAAUGGAGAGUACUCUGUGGCGUGUCGCCGUGACAGAGACCAGGUUUACCUGCCCUUCUCAUUCAUACACAAGUACUUUGAGGUUUAUGGCAAGAUAACAUCGACGGACGGCGUAGACAGGUUUGAAUGGUCUCACAGCUAUAGUAAAAUUUAUCACCCGAAAAAAAAAUAUGACCCACGAGGAACUUUUACCACAUUCGAGAACUACAAUGUAGAAGUGCGGGAGCGAGUUAAAUGUAUUAGUGGUAUUGAAGGUGUCCCGGUGUCGACCCAGUGGGAACCCCGGGGUUUUUAUUAUCCAACCCAAAUAGCACAGUUUGGUUUAGCACAUUACAGUAAAAACAUCACAGAACCUGAACCUAGAGUGAAGAUAUUAGAUGAUGGUGAGAAUGUCUUGGAGAACUGGAUCGUUAGUAAAGAUGCAACUAUUUCGAGAGAAUAUGAUCAGGAGAUGAAGACUAAAGUGCUAAAGUUCUCCACCUCGGAGCAUGUGUCUAGUCAGGUGUGGCUCAAAGUGAACAUUAGCCAAGAUUUUGUGCUGAGUUUGGAUGUACGGUUCAAACCUAACUCCUCGAUAACUGUGAUGCUGCAAAAUAAAGACAAGAAGGAGACUGUUUAUCUACAUUAUGUUACUAGUAAUCAAUUAAUAUACGCUCAGGAUGAUCAUAUCUACCACGGUAUUGGUACGGAAGUAAAGUGGAGACGAAUAACACGAGAUCUUAUAAUCGAUAUGCAGAAAGGCUGGGCCUUGCUUGAUCGACCCAAGAGGAAGUCGCCCAGAAAUAAGUUUAGGAUCUGCAGCGUGGGCGUGCGCGGCGGCGGCGCGCUGGGGGGGCUGCGCGUGUCGAGCAGCGAGCACAUGGCGCACUUCUUCGCGGCGGCGGAGUGGCUGGCGGGCGGGCAGCGCGCGCGCGGCGGCUGGCCCGUGCUCGCGCGCCGCCACGUCGCCCCCGGCGUGCCGGACCUCAAGCCGGGCUGGCUGUCUGCGAUGAGCCAGGGGCACGCGAUCUCCGUGCUGGCGCGCGCCUUCCACCGCAGCGGCCGCACGCGCUACCUGCGGGCGGCGCAGCGCGCGCUGCUGCCGCUGGCGGUCGACAGCCGCGACGGCGGCGUCAAGGCCAUGUGGAUGGACAAACACGUCUGGUACGAGGAGUACCCGACCACUCCGCCGCUGUUUGUACUCAACGGCUUCAUCUACACGCUGCUGGGCCUCUACGACCUGCAUAUCAUCGAGGGUGAGAAUUCCAUAUCCUUAGCAAAGAAGAUGUUCGACGACGGCAUGACCUCUCUCAAGACAUUGCUCCCCCUCUUCGACACCGGCAGCGGCAGCUUCUACGACCUGCGUCACUUCACCCUCGGGGUGAGUCCCAACCUCGCGCGUUGGGACUACCACGCCACGCACGUCAACCAGCUCUAUCUCCUCGCAGGACUGGACCCCGACCCCAUACUGAUAGACACGGCCAAAAGAUGGGAAGGAUAUAUGCAAGGUAAACGAGCAGCGCACAAUUGAGCGUAAAUAAAUAUGAAGUUGAGUAUUUAUAUGCCCGUCGCUCUGAGCGAUGAGAUUGACGAAAUAACGACUCGAUAUGUAAAUCUUGCCUAAAAAACACAGCAUUGGUACUGGUAUUUUUGUCAAAUGGACUGAGCGAUGAUAAGGCUUGCCUUACCUCAUGGUAUAAAUGUUAUCUUGUAAGGUAUAUGGCACUGAGUGUUUGUUUCGACGAAAUAGUGACUCGAGUGAUUAUUUUUCAUUAUGAAAAGAUUAGUUAUUUUAGAUCUGUAUGCUUUAUAACUGAGAGCAUUCCUUAAUGGUAUAAACUUUGUAAUUUUAUAUAAAGUGUUUUUUUAUGAGGACUCAUUGACUUGAAAUAAAUGCUCACCCGAAUUAAACUACUUAUUUAUAGAUUUUUAUCCUUGAAUGGAAAUGGAAUUGAUAAAAAUUGAUUUUUAAAACUAUAGCUUGAUUCUGUUUUUAGCGUUAAUUCUAUUUUGUAUUUAAAAUGAAUAGAAGAAUUUGGUAACACUGAUAUCCGAUAAUUGUUAAAAUAUUUAAACUUUUUUAAAUACGGCAAAAUAUAUUUAAUAUAACGCACUUUAAUUUAAUAAAAUAGUACUUAUGAGUGUAGAACACAUGCACAUUUUUAAUGUAAAAAAAAAACAAUAAUUAGCAUAGUUUUAAGAAAUAUCAUAUCACAAAAAUUUGUUAUUAUCUAUACAAAUAUUUUCGAGUUUUUUCUUAAUAACAAAGAUAACCAGUAUGUGAGAUAUCUCGAAUGUUAAAUUUUAAUAAGAAAAUAACUUACAAUGUACUUAACAGACUUUAAGUUACUAUAUACGUAUUGCUGCUGCACAUAGAACCGUCAGUGGGACUCUCCAAGUUGAAUAUUAGCAGAUUUUUGAAAACUUACUAAUAUGUCUUGUACAAUUAUUAAUAACCUCUAGGCUACGAUUUUCAAAACCCUUUAAGCUGUUGAAUUAAAUAAGUUGUUGUUGUUCGCGACUUUGCCCGCGUCAAAUUAAAAAAAAAA